AUGCAGCAGCCUACCUGGGGUUCCCACGCUCGUCCUUGGUUCGCGUCGUACUACGGCACCGACUCGCAGCUCAUCAGCCAAAUUCAAGCGUGGUUCAGCGCCAUCGACACUGACAGGAGUGGACAGCUGGACCAGGCCGAACUGGGCCGUGCCCUCCAGCAGGCUGGCCUCACGUUCGGUCCGGCUUCGCUGAAGCGCCUCUUGACGACGUUUGACCUGGAUAGGAGUGGUCACCUGGGCGUCAACGAGUUCGUGUGCCUCUACCAGUUCGUGCUGGCCCUGCGCAACUCCUUCACCACCCAGGACCACGACCGCUCGGGCAAGCUCGACAACUGGAACGAGAUCAGCCUGGCGCUGGCCAACGGCGGCUUCCAGCUGAGCCCGCAGGGCAUCAACAGCGUGCUGAGCCGCUUCGACCCCAACCGCUCUGGUCUCACCCUCGAAGCCUACACCGAGGUCGCCCUCUUCCUCGCCAGCCUCAGGUCCUACUUCGACUUCUACGCGCGUCAGCCGACGCAGACGUUCGGCCAGCCGCCCGCUGCCCAGGGUCCGCCCGGCGGCGUGCCCGGCGUGCCCGGUGGAGUGCCCGGCGGCGCUCCCGGCACCCAGGGUCCGCCCGGCGUUGGGCUGCCGGCCACCAGCACCAUCACCAUCAACUUCGACCAGCUCGUCGCCGCCACCCCGUACUUCCAGUAG